AUGUAUGUGCAUUAUAAGGCCAUAAAUGAUGCCUACGAGUUGUUUGAUGGAAUGACUGUGAGAGACUCGGUUUCUUGGAGUGUAAUGGUUGGUGGGUUUGCUAAAAUUGGUGAUUUUAUGAAUUGCUUUGGAACUUUUAGGGAGCUCAUUUGUCGGGGGUUGACUCCUGAUAACUAUACUUUGCCUAUAGUGAUAAGGGCUUGUAGAGAUAGGAUGGAUAUGGUGGUGGGUAGCUUGAUUCAUGGCGUUGUUUUGAAGUUUGGGUUGAUCUUCGAUCAUUAUAUAUGUGCAUCUCUUGUGGAUAUGUAUGCAAAAUGUAAGGCCACUGAGGCUGCUCAUGUACUGUUCGAUGAAAUGCCUAAGAAGGAUCUUGUGACUUGGACUGUGAUGAUAGGUGCCUAUGCUGAGUGUGGGAAUGCUAGUGCAUCUUUGGACUUGUUUGAUCAGAUGAGGAGGGAAGGGAUUAUCCCGGACAAGAUUGCUAUGCCCUUAUCUACUGGGGAAUACUAUGGUGCUUUGGAUCAUGGUAGCUUCACAAUUCCAUGUCUUUGA